AAAAAAGUGGCAGUUCGUAUAUUUUCUGUCAAGGGAAAUUGGACAAAAUUUCCACGUUUUCCAUAAUUUUGGAAUUUCAAAGUAAUCGGAUCCAGGCUAUCGAACGUACUACCGGGAGAAAUUAAAUUCUGGAAAAAUUGGUUGCUGGAAAAUGGCAGACGAAGGGCCGAAGAGUCAAACAGAGAAAUCGACGAAAAAUAGCAGGCCACCUGUCAAGGACUCGGUGUUGGAACUGAGGACGAGGAUGACUCGACUGAUGUCCAUCGUCGAUAUUACCCCGCACAGCAAACUUCCGAUGGCCGGCCAGGAUCCAAAGUUUCAGAAGGAGGCCGCGGACCAGAACUUCGACUACAUGUUCAAGUUGCUGAUCAUCGGCAACUCGUCGGUCGGCAAAACGUCCUUUUUGUUCCGCUACGCGGACGAUUCCUUCACCUCGGCCUUCGUAUCGACCGUGGGCAUCGAUUUUAAGGUGAAAACGGUCUUCAGACACGACAAAAGGGUCAAGCUACAGAUCUGGGAUACCGCGGGUCAGGAAAGAUACAGGACGAUAACGACGGCCUACUACAGAGGCGCGAUGGGCUUCAUCCUAAUGUACGACAUCACAAACGAGGAGUCGUUCAAUUCGGUGCAGGACUGGGUCACACAGAUCAAAACUUAUUCGUGUGACAACGCUCAGGUUAUCCUGGUUGGCAACAAGUGCGACAUGGAAGACGAAAGGGUGAUAACUACCGAAAGGGGCAAGCAAUUGGCGGACCAAUUAGGCGUCCAAUUUUUUGAGACAUCGGCUAAAGAAAACAUCAACAUCAAGACGGUAUUCGAGCAGCUGGUGGACAUAAUAUGCGACAAGAUGAGCGAGUCCUUGGACAACGAUCCGACCUUGCUGGCGGGUGGAAUGGGUCAGGCGAAGGGUCAACGACUCACCGAUCAGCCGACCAAUCCAACGGACGACAAUUGUAAUUGCUAAGAACAUGGACGCCCAUCUAAUUGCUUUGCAAGCAUAAUAAGAAGGAUAGGAAUGAGUAAGAAGAAAAACAAGAAGAAGGAGAUGAAGAUGAAGAUGAAGAUGAAGAUGAAGAAGGGAAAAGAUGAAGAAAUAUUAGAAGAAAAACGAGUGUAUGUCUGUAUAUGUAUGUGUGAACGUUUGUGCACGUGGUCUUGUGUGUAUGGCGAGUGUGUAGCUAUGCGUGCGAGUGUGUAGCUAUGCGGGAAAAGAGCAAGUGAGAGAGAGAGAAAGAGAGGAAGAGGAAGGUCGAGUGAUAAACGCUGGCUCUAGUUCACUUUGUUCAUCGUUCCUUUGACCUAUGUUUCCGGCCGUUCUUCGUUCUGCUCUUUUUCUUUCCUCCUUUCUCGAUCGAUAUAUUUAUAUAUGUGCACAUAAAUAAUGUAUAUGCACAGGGCGAACCGUGCUACUCCAUUUGACGAAGAUUGCGUCCCGUGUUGAUAAAACGAUCGUUGAGAAUCCGAAGCAGAAAUUUGGCAAAUUUCGAAUUAGAUAAACGCCGAGUCGUUGAGACCUAACCUAUCUUUUAUCAUUGCACCGAUUUGGGCAUACUGUUCUUUGGGAUAAUUUGGAUCAGUCGCUUUGGUCUUGUCCCUAAUCUAUCCUUUGUUAUUACAACAAUUUGACAAUUUAAAUUAUUGGAAAUUAAU